CACGUUAUCAAUUACAAAUACUCCAAAUAGAAGAUGUAUUUGAUAUAGGGUUCUUGAAGCAUAAAUUCAUGUGUUGAGUAAACUUUAGUCCGAAAAAGAAUAAAUAUGAGUGAUGUGUUAAGCUUAUUACAGGAGACAGCUGUUCUUAACGAAAAUUACGCUCCCAUACUUUUAAAAGCAAUUAAGCAUAAAUUAUUAGAGGACGAUUCAAAGACAAAACAUAAUGAUUUAAUGAUUACGAAAAUCAAUAGCCUACUUAAUAAUACAGCAACUAGAGGACAAGCGUUUACUUUUUUAAUGCACUAUUUGCCAGGAUGCAGCGUAGAUGUAUUAAACGAACGAGGUUUGGUGUGGUUAAACGCAAGUAUCAAAACGUGUGGUCAAAAACAUUUGCCUAACUGUUUAAUUGGUAAUGGACUCGAUGUUAUACUGAUGUUAUCACUAUUUAUCACAGGUAUUCUAAUUGAGCGUUCUGUAGAUGCAUCAGAGUUUAUGAAACAAAUUAAUCAUUCAUUAUUACAAAAAAUCCUGGAGACUGCAUACAACACCACAGCGAAUAAUGUGGAAUAUAAAGUAAUUAACUGUAUUAUACAAUGUAUGCUGAGCUAUCCCGGCCUUUGCGGUCCUAGUAAAAAUGUUGUUGAAAAAAUUGCUUUUAAAUAUAUCGAUUCCACAAGUACAGAGUUAGUUCGAGGAGCAGCACUUAUGCUUUUUUUAAUGCAGUUAACAAGAAGUGGAGGCGAAGCAAAAAUAUUGCAUAAGAAAUAUUUUACAGAAUACUCUGAACAAAUCAUUGGAUCAAUACACCAAUGUUUCAACGAGCUUUUCACAAAUGUCGAAGAAAGCUUUGAAAUUGAACCAAACUGUGAUGAGACAAAGUUAAAAUUACCAGAGUUGAUUUUAAGUAAUGAUCCAGUAAUAAAAGUUGCUCAGAUGACACAAAGAAUAUUAAAUUUGAUGAUUAUUUUCAAAGAAAUAUUGAUAAGCCCUUAUAAUGCAGGUAAAGUUGUUCGGCCGCACAAAAUAUUUGGAAUGAUUAGACGUGGAUUAGAUGUAAACCAGCAUAUUACUUUAAAAAAUCAAAUUAUGGAUAAUAUACUGCUAUCAUCUUUGAUCCCUCAAAUCCAUGCUCAUCUCUUUGGUAUUUUAGGUGCUUUAGUUGUAUUAUUACAGAAAAAUACUCGUACUUUUUGCAAAGAUAUUAUUUUAAUUUACGAAUCCUCGCUUAAAUGGAGUAGUACCAGAGGAAAAAAUCUCGGCUGUAAAAAACUUUAUUCAGAUCUUCGUGUUAUGUUGUAUGACUCUCUGAUUCAGUAUUGCAAGAUCCUAGAGAAGGGUUCUCUAUUGGAAAAUAUUGGUGAAGUAGUUGUGGCAAAUAUUAUUGAAGAUACUAUCCCUUACAAACCGAAAAUCGUUCUACAAAAUAGUUUUUCGAAAAAGGUAAAGAAAAAAGUAAAAAAAAUACAAAGCGAUAAUUCAAAUUUAGAGGAAACUUCCAAGAAUAAAUUUUUCUCUAGUUCUCAUACUUGGGAGCAAACAGACGAACCAAACUAUAAAUUAUGCGUGAGCGCACUUAGAAUGCUAUCCGUGUUUAUUCACGUGUCUGGUUAUAAUAUUAAACCAACUUUACAUAGAAUCUUACAACAGCAUAUUUUACAGUUAUGUUUGCAGAUUGACAUAAAGACACUUGAUAAGACCCAUUUAUAUUAUUCAGAUAGUUGCAGAUAUUUCUUGUAUGACACUUUAAGUGCUCUUAUAUGCAAUGCACAUCAUUUAGCACCACCACCUUUGCAAUACACCAUUAAAAUCUUAACAAAUGCAUGUAUUACAGAUCCAAGCAGUGUAAUCCGACAAAAAUGUCAAGAACUAAUUAAAAGCAUAGAGAAGAUUGUAAAUCCACAAAGAACGAUUCCUCAUAUAAAGAUGAGUAAGGAAGAACUAAAUAGUGCUAUUAAACUGCUAUGUAAUGAUGAGGAUGAAGAUACCGAUAACAGUAAUGAGAUAAUAUACCUUAAUGAAGAUGAGCAAAAAAACAACGAAAAAUCUGUCAACUUAAAUGAAUGCAUAUUAUCUGUAGAUGAACCUAAUAAUUCAUUAAAAUAUGAUAAAGCCCUUAACAAUAUAAUAACAAAUUCAAUUAACUUGUGUACAGAUACGAUUGAUCAAAAAAAUUUGGUAACUGAAUUAGAUUUAGAAUAUCCACCAGAGAAACGGUUGAAGAAAAACAAUGAAGACUUAUUAGUAGAUGAGCUUGUCGAAACCUUUGUUGAUGAAUAGGAAUAAAAUAAUUACAAAGUUUUUUUUCGUUUUUGUUUUUCUAAUUAUUCAUACAAUAAGCAAUAAUUCGAUCAAUAAAACUAAAUAAAUAAUUUUGAAUCUAAAAAUCAAAGCUAAA